CUUUAUUUUACAGUAUCAAUACCCUGCUCAACUCUUUAUCUGAUACUGUAACUGAUGUAAACAUGAAAUAGUGGAACAGCCAGACAAACGCUUGGUUGAAAAUCCUUGUUCUUUGCUCUGAUUGAACAUAAAACAGCAUAUUUUAGGUAAAUAAGAUAACGUUGACUUGAACAUUACAGUUUCAUUAAAUUAGUCCCAGCAGCAGCUAAGUUACUAAGAACAGAAUAUAACAUGUUGGAAACGUCUGAUAGUUUGGAUCUCUGUCAUCCUGUAGCGUUGCUGCUUCCAUGCCAUAUAAACAGAGAGGGGGCGGAGCCUCAGUGAUCACGUGAUCCAGGAGCGAACCCGAACCCAAACCGAACCGUCUCCAGUGAGUUCUCCAUUUUGCGAGAACAGAGCAGAAGGAGAAAAAGUUAUAUAAACACCAGAAGGAAGAGGAAUAAACGUUGAGGAGCAGGUGUUUAGCUCUGGAUCUGUGGCUUUUUCAGAAGAUGAGUGUUUGUGUGGAGGAAGAGGACGGAGCAGAUUCUCCAGGAUCCAGAUGUGUGACUAUGAAGAAUGACUGGUCCAGAUGUGAGCCUCCAUCAUUCAGUCCUGAACCUGGAGCCUCAGACACAAAACUGUCAGGCUGUCUGCUCUCAGAGGAAGCUUGUGUCUCUCUGGCCUCAGCUCUGAGCUCCAACCCCUCCCAUCUGAGAGAGCUGGACCUGAGCUACAAUCAUCCAGGAGACUCAGGAGUGGAGCUGCUGUCUGCUGGAGUCAAGGAUCCACACUGGAGACUGGACACUCUCAGAGUCCAGAACCAGAGACGAAGAGCCGAACCUCCAGGACCCAGCUGUCUGUCUAUGAAGAGUGAAUGGUCCAAACAUGAGCCUCUGACCUUCAGUAAUGAACCUGGAGCCUCUGACACAAAGCCCCAUCAGAGACAAAGAUCUGCUGGACCUGGACCUGGACCCAGCUGUGUGUCCUUCAAGAGCGACUGGUCAAAGGAUGGUGAUUUUAUUGAUUUCAAAGACCAACCUGUAUCAGAGUCACAAGUGGACCAGCAGAGAUCAGAAGUUCCCAGUGCUCAGUCUGUCCAGCAGCACCAAACAAACAUGGACUCCAUAUUUAUGCUGCUGGAGGAAAACAUUGUCACGUUUGUGAAGAAAGAGCUGAAGAAGAUCCAGAAGGUUCUAAGUCCAGAUUAUCCAGAAUGCUUAGAGAGUCAGAGGGAGGACGAGGAGGAGUUGGAUGGUGAGGAUGAAGAGCAGAGGAGGAGCAGCAGAGACGCGUUUCUGAAGAUCACAGUGAACUUCCUGAGGAGGAUGAAGCAGGAGGAGCUGGCUGACUGUCUGCAGGAUCUGAUGGUUCCAGUACCAGAGCCACACCCCAUCACAUAUUACCAGCAGAUGCUUCAAUCAAACCUCCAAGACCAGUUUGUGUGUGUGAAACCAGGCUGGUCAGAAGUCGACCAAUGUCUGGAUGACAUCUACACAGAGUUGUACAUCACAGCUGGGCCGGAUUCACACAUCAACACACAGCAUGAGGUCCAACAGCUUGAGACGACACAGCAGAAGCAAAGAUCAGCAGAGGAGCCAGUGAAGCCCAGUGACCUGUUCAAACAUCCCCCUGGUAAAUACACACGCAUCAGAACAGUGUUGACCAAUGGAAUCGCUGGGAUUGGAAAAACAGUCCUUGUGAACAAGUUUGUGUUGGACUGGACCCAACAAAGGUCCAAUCAAGACGUGCAUCUGAUUUUCCCCUUCACCUUCCGUCGUCUGAAUCCACUGAAGGGACAGAAGUUCAGUUUGUCAGAGCUCAUUCAUGAAUGUAUCCCAGAAACUGAGUCCAUCAGCCUGGAGGCUCUGAAUUACAUCUUUACACAUCUACAGUCAUCAGGAAACAGCAACUAUGACAAGAGCAGCUUCAAACUUCUGUUUGUGUUUGAUGGACUGGACGAGAGUCGCCUCCAACUGGACUGUAGCACCAGUGAGAAGGAGACGGGUCAACGUGACGUCACAGAGUCCACCUCAGUGGAUGAGCUGCUGACAAACCUCAUCAGAGGAAAAGUACUACGCUCUGCUCGCAUCUGGAUCACCACACGACCUGCAGCAGCCAAUCAGAUUCAUGGAGACUUUGUUGAGGUGGUGACGGAGGUCAGAGGGUUCACUGACCCACAGAAGGAGGAGUACUUCAGGAAGAGAUUCACAGAUGAGGAGCAGAGCAACACAAUCAUGUCCCACAUCAAGACGGCACGAAGCCUCCACAUCAUGUGCCACAUCCCAGUCUUCUGCUGGAUCACUGCUACGGUUCUGGAGGAUCUGCUGGAAACCAGAGAGGGAGGAGAGCUGCCCAAGACCCUGACGGAGAUGUACGCAGAGUUCCUGGGGUUUCAGAUGGAUCAGACUAAAGACAAGUACGGACCAGAACAGAGCAGCAACUACAUCAAGUCAUUGGCUAAACUGGCUUUUAAGCAGCUGCAAAAGGGAAACUUGAUCUUCUAUGAGGAAGAUCUGAAAGAGAGCGGCAUUGAUGUCAGUGGAGCCUCAGUGUGUUCAGGAGUGUUCACAGAGAUCUUUAAACAGGAGCGAGGGAGGAAAGCCAAGGACAAGAUGUUCAGCUUUGUUCAUCUGAGCGUUCAGGAGUUUCUGGCUGCUGUUCACAUGAUGCUCUGUUACACCAACGGGAAGAUGGAGGAACUGGAGGAGUUUCUGAGGAAAGAUUGGGAUGAAGAUGAUCACGAUGAUCAUGAUGGUGAUGAUGAUGAUUCAUCUCUGGAUGUUGUCCUGAGAAGAAACAUGUUUAAAUCCCUCUACAGUCCAAGUGGCCACCUGGACCUGUUUGUUCGCUUCCUUCAUGGCCUCUGUCUGGAGUCCAACCAGAGAAUCUUAGGAGGUUUGCUGGGUCACACAGAGAUCGGUCCAGAAACCAUCCAGACAAUUAUCAACAAGCUGAAGAAGGUGAACAGUGAUAGAAUCUCUCCAGACAGAAGCAUCAACAUCUUCCACUGUCUGAUGGAGAUGAACGAUCACUCAGUCCAUCAGCAGAUCCAAGAGUUCCUGAAGUCCGAGAACAGAUCAGAGAAGGAACUCUCCUUGAUCCAGUGUUCAGCUCUGGCCUACAUGCUGCAGAUGUCAGAGGAGGUUCUGGAUGAGUUGGACCUGAACCAGUACAAAACAUCAGAGGAGGGACGACAGAGACUGAUCCCAGCUGUGAGGAACUGCAGAAAGGCUCAACUUUCUGGCUGUGGACUCACAGAGACUCACUGUGAAGUUGUGGCCUCAGCUCUGAAGUCCAACCCGUCACAUGUGACACAUCUGGACCUGAGUAACAACGACCUGCAGCACUCAGUGAAGGUUCUGUGUGCUGGACUGAAGAGUCUUCACUGUCGACUGGAGACUCUGAGACUGAGUGUGUGUGACCUGUCAGAGAGAAGCUGUGAAGCGCUGUACUCAGUUCUCAGCUCUCAGUCCUCUAGUCUGAGAGAACUGGACCUGAGUAACAACGACCUGCAGGAUUCAGGAGUGAAGCUACUGUCUGUUGGACUAAAGAGUCCUCACUGUCGACUGGAGACUCUCAGGCUGUCAGGCUGUCUGCUCUCAGAGGAAGCUUGUGUCUCUCUGGCCUCAGCUCUGAGCUCCAACCCCUCCCAUCUGAGAGAGCUGGACCUGAGCUACAAUCAUCCAGGAGACUCAGGAGUGGAGCUGCUCUCUGCUGGAGUCAAGGAUCCACACUGGAGACUUGACACUCUCAGGGUGGAGCCUGGUGGAGUCCGAUGGUUGACACCAGGUCUGAGCAAGUAUUUCUGUCAACUCACCAUCGACACAAACACAGUGAACAGGAAACUACAGCUGUCUGACAACAACAGGAAGGUGACAUGUGUGUGGGAGUAUCAGUCAUAUCCUGAUCAUCCAGACAGAUUUGAUCGUUGUCCUCAGCUGCUUUGUAGUAAUGGUCUGACUGGUCGCUGUUACUGGGAGGUUGAGUGGAGAGGAGGAGGUCAUAUAUCAGUGAGUUACAGAGGAAUCAGAAGGAAAGGAAACAGUUAUGACUGUUGGUUUGGAUUUAAUGAUCAGUCCUGGAGUCUGUUCUGCUGUGAUAAGGGUUACUGUGUCAAUCACAAUAACAUAAGAACAUCCAUAUCCUCCUCUGUGUCUGAACGAGUAUCAGUGUAUGUGGACUGUCCUGCUGGUUCUCUGUCCUUCUACAGAGUCUCCUCUGACAAACUGAUCCACCUUCACACCUUCAACACCACAUUCACUGAACCUCUUUAUCCUGGGUUUGGGUUCUUGUAUCCUGGUUCCUCAGUGUCUCUGUGUGAGCUCUGAUUAUUCCAGGAUCAAAUGUUGAUGACUUGUUGUGAAGUUGUUUUCCAGUGAAUAUCAGGAUGUUUCAGUUCAACAUGUGACAAACUGUGACAUCAGAGAAGAAUCACUGAGCUGAAUGAUUGAGAAGCUUCCAGAUGUUCACAGAUGAUUGUUGAAUGAAAACUGUUGAUUGAAUGUUUCUGAUCAUUUUCUGUCCCUCUAGUAGAAGAGAGCAGCUCAGCCUCACAUUAAAGUGCUUCAUUUACCUUUAACAAUAAAUGAUCACACUUUAUAAUCACAAUACAGAAAAGGCUAUCAAUUUGAACUGUGAUUAUAUUGUAACAAUCAUCAUGAUGUAACAUGAGUCAUAAUAGUUUCAGAGCCACAUGAUGAACCUCCACAUUCUGUAUCUACUGAAAUAAUAAUGUAAUAAAAUCUCACCACAUCA